UUUUGAAAGACUAGUGCCGACAUAUUUCUGAACACUGCAAAGGUCAGCACCAAGCAUAAAGGCUAGUUUAGAAAAAAAAAUCCAGAAAGCUGAGUGGGUCUUGUUUGGCGUCAAUGGUUGUUAACGAAACGAGAGAUUAAAAGGUACAGGUAAAAUAUAUUGGACUAAAGAUCACUGUUUAAUCCAAAUAGGGCGGCUUGCUGAGGUUUGGGGGGCAUGAAUUGUGUUGGCUUUAUUUGAAGAUGAACAUAAAAUUCUGAUCGAGUAGAAUUGUAGCCAUUGAAAAACAAAACUCAAAUCCAUCAAUCAGGAAUAAUGUGAUCUAUUAAUAGUGUGUAUUUGAAGCGGCCGGAAUUCUUUUGUUUUACUUUCCUGUACUAAACCUUUGAUUUAGUACAUUGUUGCUACAUGCGUCCAGCACCCUCAUGCUUUAUAUAGUGUGUCUGAGAGAGACCACUCAGGGACUCAAUGUAAGCUCUAAUAUGUUUCAGAAAGGCAGAGCUAACAGCCUUUAUCUCUGAAGUGACCGCGACAUUUGGCCCAGCCAAAACCUCCCAGGAUGUCAGCGCGUUUCCUUCCUCACUGGUGGGGCGCGUUGCUCUGGCCCCUGUCAGUCCUCUCGUCCAGGGUCCCAGUGGAGAGCAAGGGAGAAGCGGCCAAGGACCAGCUGGUUCCCGAGACCGUCCAGAGGCUUCGCCAGGUGCUUGGGCUGGGGGAGACGCCGCGGGCAAGUGGCCCACUCAGGAGGGCUCCACGGUACAUGUUGGAUCUCUUCAACGCUGUGGCAGAUGCUAAUGGUGUGAGCAAAUCUCCCGGACUGUUGCAGGGCAAUGUUGUGCGAAGUUAUGAGGAUAAAGUUCACGGUAACCAGACCUGGUUUUAUUUCAAUGUCACUUCAGUUGGCAGGAACGAGCAGCUCCUCAAAGCUGAGCUGAGGCUCUUUAAGUUAAGAGAACAUGCUCAGCACGUUUCUCAGUUGUGUAGGGUCGAUCUGUGCGAGUUGCUGGACAGCAGCGGAACACGAAUUGAAGUGAUUUCCUCCAGAGUUAUCCCUCUGUCUACUGAAGGAUGGCAGGUGUUCCCUGUCACUCAGACAGUAUGGAAGUGGGUUAGAAAUAGCAGCUCAAACCACGGCUUCAUGAUCAGCGCUGGCAUCCCGUCACAACCCAGCGCUGCCAGAUUUGCCAAGAAUGGCGAUGCCCAUACAGACUCCCGGCCUUUCCUGGUGAUCUUCAGUGAGGACCGUGAACUCGAGGCUCUCAGGCCCCUCGAUCCAACAGGCCACAGUCCAUCACGGAUGAAGAAGGAGUCAGUUGUUUCCGCAAUGCCAAGUCCUUUAGCCCAGCUCCCGCAAAGCAGGAAGAUCCGAGCUGUCCCGCUCCCGACCAUGCUGCCCUGCCAGAGACAUCCUCUGUAUGUGGACUUCGAGCAGAUCGGCUGGUCUGGCUGGAUCAUCUCCCCAAGAGGGUACAGCGCCUAUUACUGCCAAGGGGCCUGCCCCUUCCCACUGGGGCAAGGCUUUAAGAUUACCAACCACGCCACAGUGCAGUCUAUAGUGCAUGCCCUGAAACUGUCCACAGAGCUGGGGAGUCCAUGCUGCGUCCCAGACAACUUACACUCCAUAAACCUGCUGUACUUUGACAAUGAGGAGAAUGUAGUGUUGAGGCAGUACAGGGACAUGGUGGCAGUCAGUUGCGGAUGUCUCUGAUUCAAUGCUCCUGCUCCCCCCUCCCAAUGUGGCACAGUGGCUCACUUUCAAUGAGGACCUUAAACUGGGGGUACUCUUUGGGCAGAGAGUGACACGGAAGGGAAAAGGGUGUGCUGAUCUUUUAAACAUUGCAUUUGCUUACAUAACUCCACCUUCAGAGUCCAUUCGUUUGGUUAUGGCGUGCUUUAUACUAACUGAGAGACUGAAUAAAGGGGAGGUGUAAUUUCUUUCCAACAAAUUAAAACGGUGUUAAGUUAUUGCGCUGUUAAUUAGCUGAACACUUCCUCAAUCCGUAUCAUCACCUGGACGUAACUCGGUAUUGAUUACUUGUAAUGAAACGGCUGAGUAUGCGUUGCAUUUAUUGGUUGUCAGGUUGGUCAGAUGAAAAAUUAGUUCUUUACAAUGUUAAGUUACUCGUGAUAAUACUGACAUUGCAAGGAAGACCAUCUCCGCUCACAAAUUUGAUCAUCUGUGAUCUCAAUUUCCAUUAGAUAUUUAUUAGAUCUGAAUUAUGAAAGGCGGUUAAUCGGCUAUCAGUUAUUCGGAUUUGCAACAGUUUGCAACAGUUCAGUAUUCUGUCCCAGCUCCAAGCUUGAAGGAUAACUUUAACAAAUAAAUUACAGAGCAGACAUAUUCCCUAACCGAAUUGGCAAUUUUAGAUGGUUUUAAGGCAAUUUUGCGGGAACAAAAAGUGUUUGUACUUUUCGUCGUUUACUUGAUCAAGUAUUUGGAGAAAAUAUAUAUCUUUGUAAAUAAAAAUAAACUAAUAAUCAAACUUAGAAGUCGUUUCGCUCUCGUUUUCAUUCUGUACUAUGUUAUGCUGCAGUCUGAAUAAAUUAUACGACAAUUCCCAGUUAUUAAUAAUGUGCACCGAGUUUUAGUGAAAU